CUGAAAAGAAGCUACAACCCCCACUCAAUACACCACAGAUCUACUCUCUCUCUCUCUCUCCUUCAUGACGUAAAAAUCACAAAAAGCUCUCCUCCCUCCCUUUGCAUCUACUGCACUCUCCACAAAAUCACACACUGUGUGCUUCGUUGGAGAUGAUAUUGGCCUUGAGUUAGUAUAGCUAUGAAUCGCAGCUUGAAGGAUUCUCUCAUCUGUGUGAGGAAUGUUCCGAUGGGCUCGCAGCAUCGGCGAGGCCUCAGUUUCACAGGAAUCGCCAAGGACUCCGACGAGAACUUGGAUCUCUUCUCCAGGAAUCGCCCGAGUCUUUCCGUUGCUUCAUCCGAUGAAUCCGACGUUUCGGCGAAAUUGGGGAGGCUUUCCGUUGGAUCAGCAAAACAUGCAAAGAGCGGAUUAGAUGAUCUACUGACAUCGACCGAUGGAGGAAAGCACGACUAUGAUUGGCUUCUCACUCCUCCUGGAACUCCUCUCUUUCCUUCAGUGGAUGGAAGUGAGUCUCAACCAACCUCUGUGGCUCCCAGAAGCAGUCCAUUGGUUAGAUCAGUGUCCACAACUAAGGCCUCGAGGCUUUCAGUGUCUCAAUCAGAGAACAACCAUCCCUCGAGGCCAACUAGAAGCAGUUCAGUCACUCGCCCUUCUAUCUCUAGUUCCCAAUACAGUACAUACUCUAAUAAAUCCACUUCAAUUCUCAACACAAGCUCUGCGUCAGUCUCUUCUUACAUUAGACCAUCCACCCCCACAGCCCGCUCUUCGUCAACAGCAAGACCUUCCACUUCAUCUUCCCGUCCAACAUUAUCACGAUCCUCAACUCCUUCCAAAGCUCGUCCAGCCCCCACCAGCACUUCCCUUGAAAAAGCAAGACCAUCCAUAAACUCAAGGCCUUCAACUCCGAGUUCUAGGCCGCAAAUUCCUGCAAACUUUAAUUCCCCUUCUGCUCGAGCAAACUCUAGGCCAUCGACGCCUACUCGUCGGAACCCAACACCUUCUUUAUCUCCAUCUGCGGGACUUUCAACCUCAGGUGGGCGUACUCCGUCAAAUGGACGUAAUUUGGCUCCAGGAUCACGACCAAGCUCACCGGGUCCACGAGUGCGGCCCACACCACAGCCAAUGGUUCUCCCUGAUUUCCCACUUGACACUCCACCAAACUUGCGGACAACUUUACCAGACAGACCACUUUCUGCUGGUAGAUCCCGGCCAGGUGUGUCUGUGACUGGGAAGGGGAACAUGGAAACACCUGGCCCUGGAAAUUUUCCUAGAAGACAGUCAUCCCCUGUUGUUAACAGGGGAAGAGUCACCGAAUCCACUGGAAGAGCCCGUGUGCUUGGCAAUGGGCAGAUGAUUGAUAUGCCAGAGGUUCGUAAGGCUCCUCAUGUACCAGAGUUGUCAAUGCGGAAACCUGUAAAGACAUCAACUGAGAGCACUGGAUUUGGGAGGACUAUCUCAAAGAAAUCCCUGGAUAUGGCUAUUAGACAUAUGGAUAUAAGAAAUGGCACUGGUAGCAUUCGUCCUCUUUCAGGGUCAACCCUCUUUCCUCAGAGCAUUCGAUCUGCCAACCAUAAAAGCCAACCGGGUCGUGUUUUUGGCAUGCCAACAUCUGUCAAUGGGAACGCGCUUGUCAGAAAUAUUGGUGCCAUGUCAGAGAAUGGCAAUUAUGUUGAUAGGUCUUCCGAAAAUGGAACUGAAGAAGACAAGUGUCAAUUUUCGGCAAAACUGACUGAUGUGGACAUCUAUGAGAGCUCUCGGUAUGACACAAUUCUACUUAAGGAGGACUUGAAGAACACGAAUUGGCUGCAUAGUGUUGAUGAUAAGUCUGAUCAAGGACCCAUUUUUGAUAACGGAUUUGAGCCUCUACCUGAACCUUUUGGCCCAUCAUACCUGCUGUGAAGAAGUUCUUCUAUAUGAUUUUUCACAAUUUUUUGUUAAAUUAUUUGGUUGAUUGAAGGGAGUGGGUUUUUAGGAAAGAAAGGGUGGG